AUGCUCGCCAACUUUUUUUCGAGCGUUCUUGCGUGUACUAUCAUUGCCGUUAUAAGUAGAGUCUACUUUCUUUGCACCAGGCGACGUCGAGAUUUCCCUGUUGUCAACGAUUACCCCGGAGACCUUUUCCGCAAAAGGGCUUAUCAAGAUUACAACGACAAUGCCAAACAAUUGAUCGCCAAUGGGUUUUCCCGGUACAAUGGACCCUUCGCUAUUCUGGUUCCCGGAGGCAUGAAGAUUAUCCUACCCUCUUCCCUCAGCGACUGGGUCAAGACGAACCGAAAUCUCGACCAUCACCAGCUUGUCAGGGAGGAAUAUUUUGCAGGAUAUCCGGGUUUCGAAGCCCAGCAAGCGGUACACAGUUCCGACAGAAUGAUGAUAAACUUGCUUCGCGGCAAAUUGUCUCAGAACGAAGCAGUUCUUCCCAUCGUCAACCAACACAUUGCGACAGCUUUGUAUGAGCAUUGGGGCGACAGCAAAUCUUGGCAUGUCAUUGAGUGGAAUGAAGACACUACUGGCAUCAUUUCAAAGGCAGCGGCUUGCGUCUUUGUCGGCCCAGAGAAGGCCUGCGACCCCGAGUGGCAAGUACUGAUCCAGGCCUACGUACGCGAGUACUUUGCAGCGGUGGGUGAGCUUCGAUCUUGGCCGGCGCUUCUCAGACCCAUUGUACAGUGGUUUCUGCCUCACUCUACGGCAUGCAGGGCCAUCGUCCCAAAGGUUCGCGCCAUCAUGCGUAGCGUGGUCGAAAAGAGACGUCAAAAAGCAGAAGCUGCGGCAGAACAUGGUGCUGAGCCUCCUCAGUAUAACGACUUCGUGGCCUGGAGCUGUAGUGCACCGACGAAUACCCUUGAACCGGGCGACUUGCAGCUCGGUCUUGCCAUGGCAGCGCUCUUCACUACUUCCGAGCUCCUCAGGCAGAUUCUCAUUGACAUUGCUCAGCAUUCUGAGCUGAUAACGCCACUCAGAGAAGAGAUCACACAAGUUCUGAACAGUUCGGGACUAGGGUUGGCAGGCCUGGACAGCUUGGAACUGCUGGACAGCGUCAUGAAAGAAUCGCAACGGCUGUCUUCUGCUAUCAGUAAGUGA